CAGCCUCCAUGGGAGCCCUCUGACGGACGCUGGCUUGGCCCUUCUUAACCCAGCACUCUCCAUCCAUCCCUCGCUGGUGGCUCUGGACUUGGGAGACUGCAUGCUGGGCGACGAGGGCAUCAACCUCAUCUGUGGACUCCUGCCCCCUGACGGGGCCAAGUCAGGCCUUAAGGAGUUAACACUGAGUGCAAACCCGGGUGUCACAGCCAAAGGCUGGGGGCGCCUGGCCAUUGCAGUGGCUCACAGCUCCCAGUUGCGAGUGUUGAACCUGGACUACAACCCUCUGGGUGACCAGGUAGCGGGGAUGUUGGCUGUCGCUGUGGCUUCCAGUCGCACCCUGGAGGUCCUGGACUUGGAAGGAACAGGGCUUACCAAUCAGUCAGCACAGACCCUGCUGGACAUGGUGGAGAAUUACCCAACAGCCCUGCGCACACUCAUUCUGGCAGAGAACAACAUCAGCCCCGAACUGCAGCAACAGAUCUCUGACCUGCUCUCCGAGGGUGAGGAAGAGGAGGAGAAUGAGGCUCGGGAAGUUACAGCCAGGGAAAAGAAUCCCUGGAUUUGCCAGAACAAUUCCAACUCCCAGAUGGUCUUGAUGACAUCAGGUCUUGGCGACAGUCUAUUAGCAGAGACGGAGAUGUGACCUGUACUGAGCAAAGCAGCCUCCCUAUAUGUGUGUGGGUUGUGUGCAAUGCGUGUGUGUGUGUGUGUGUGUACUUGUGUGCGCCCUGCAUGCACAAGCCCACAUGCAUCCACCAGGCCUGCCUGCCCCAACUGCACAUCCACACAAUCCUCAGCCCAGCAACACCACCUUUGGACUAAAAAAUUUUGGGUCCGGGUAUAAGUGAACCUCGCCACAAGUCUCUUGUCACGUGCCCUGUCAGCUGCUUGUGAUUGUCCAGUUGCUGCAUGUUUCGAUCUCGUUUCCCCUCCUGACUCUAUAUUCCUGGCCCACAUGCUAGAGGUUGUAUUUAUUCAGAUGUGUAUAUCAGAUGGUCUUUCUAUUGCUUGUACUAGUGUCUUGAUGAGAGUUUUAUAAAAGUCACAGACAUGGCACAGCUUUCUGCUGCAAGAGAG